GGAGGAGGAGGAGGAGGAGGAUGGGCCUCGAACACAGACUUGCAAUGGCACUGCAAAAAUUGGAUUAAAGCAGUAUGCUGGACAAGAGCGAGGUGGCAACUCUAGCCCUACCCUCCACCACCAGCCAUGGAGGCUCUGACAGUAACAUCAGUGCGGACGGAGCGCCGGCAGCAUCAGCAGCAGCAGCAUCAUCAUCAUCUGGGGUCAUGGCCUGUGGGGGUGCAGAGGGUUUUGGGGUUGGCGAGCCACAGCGGACGCGUGUUGCCUUGGAGCAUCUUCAGCAGAAGGUCCUGAAGGUCACCGAGCAGAUUCGCGUGGAGCAGGAGGCCCGUGACGACAACGUUGCAGAGUACCUGAAGUUGGCCCACAACGCAGACAAACAGCAGGCGUCCAGGAUCAAGCAGGUGUUUGAGAAGAAGAACCAGAAGUCAGCACAGACCAUCGCACACUUGCACAAGAAACUAGAGCACUAUCACAAGAAGCUAAAGGAAAUAGAGCAGAAUGGACCGGCCCGGCAGCCCAAGGAUGUCCUGCGGGACAUGCACCAGGGAUUAAAGGACGUCAGGGCUAACGUUCGUGCUGGGAUAAGUGGUUUUGGAGGUGGAGUAGUUGAAGGGGUCAAAGGUGGAGUAACUGCCCUCACUCACACAGCCGUGGUCUCCAAGCCGAGAGAGUUUGCCAGUCUUAUCAGGAACAAGUUUGGCAGCGCAGAUAACAUCGCUCACCUGAAGGACUCACUUGAGGACGGAGUCGGGGGCCACUCUGAGGACGCCCCGACACCUCGGGCCCUGAGUGGAAGUGCCACUCUGGUCUCCAGCCCAAAGUACGGCAGCGACGACGAGUGCUCCAGCGCCACGUCGGGCUCCGCAGCAGGCAGUAAUUCAGGUGGUGCAGGGGGAGGAGGGGGACUUUUAGGACCAACCAUGGGGAGCCCCAGACUGGACGGACACCACCACCACCACCAUCACAUGCACAGCUCUUGGGACUCUCUACUUGAGGGCCUGCAGGAGAUCAAGGCCAGUCAGGCGCACAUGGAGGACGCCAUCGAGGACAUGAAGGGUCAGCUGCAGAGCGACUACUCCUACAUGACACAGUGCCUGCAAGAAGAAAGAUACAGGUAUGAGCGACUUGAAGAACAGCUGAAUGACUUAACAGAGCUACACCAAAAUGAGAUGACUAACCUAAAGCAGGAGCUCGCCAGCAUGGAGGAAAAAGUCGCCUACCAGUCCUACGAGAGAGCGAGAGACAUUCAGGAGGCUGUGGAGUCGUGCCUGACUCGCAUCACCAAGCUGGAGCUGCAGCAGCAACAGCAGCAGGUCGUCCAGUUGGAGGGAGUGGAGAACGCCAAUGCUCGAGCUCUGCUGGGCAAACUCAUCAACGUCAUCCUGGCGCUCAUGGCCGUGCUGCUGGUCUUCGUCUCCACCUUGGCCAACUUCAUCACCCCGCUGAUGAAGACCCGAGCCCGGGUUGCCGCCACCGUCCUGCUGACCUUGCUGCUGUUCGUGCUGUGGAAGCAGUGGGACUUUGUGGAGCCGUGGCUGCUGCCAAGCUGA